AUGAGUACUUACAUUGACUUCAAUCAGCGCAGCUUGUGGGAAUACCACAACAAAGUCAUAACCAAGCUCUUUGGCGGCAACCCCCGCCUCGGCUGCUACGCCCUCGCAGUAACCAUCUUCUCCCUAGGCAUCUUCCGCGACUACCUCUACAAUGGAAGCCCCUCGCCGGCCCAACCAACCCAACCCCCGCGCUCCUCUCCCCCCUCGUCAAAUACUCUGCCCAUCCCGCUCUUCCUCACCGGCAACACGCUCGUGCUGACCUCCAUGUACGCGCUCGGCGUCACGGGCACGUACCUCGGUGACUACUUCGGCAUCCUGAUGGACGCGCCAGUGACGACGUUCCCGUUCAAUGUCAGCGAGGCGCCGAUGUAUCACGGCAGCACGCUGAGCUUUUUGGCCACCGCGCUGUGGUUCGGGAAGCCGGCGGGGGUGUUGCUGACGGGUGUGGUGGCGGUAGCGUAUGGGGUUGCGAGGAGGUGGGAGGAUCCGUUUACGGGGGAGAUUUAUGCCAAGAGAGAGAGGGAGAGGAAGGGCGGGAAGAAGGGGAUCUAAGAUCCCGUAGAUGUGGGCGAGGAUGAGAUGAGACGAUACGAAACGACGAUACUUGCGCCGACGAGACGGAUCGAUCACGCAAGUACAGAAUGACACAGACGACAGACGAAGGACAGGACGAGACGACUGCGGAGUGGAGAAGUGGCGCCGGGGUGCGCGUUCCCUCUUUCAACAUUUGCGAUUUCGCGGCACGGCGGCUGGCGUUACAAGGUAUGUUCGGGGUAUUCAACUGCCCAGGCCAGACGAGGGCUGUACCACAUAGCAUAGAAAAGUUACAUUUGAUUUGACCAUGA